GCAUUUUUAAUCUUUAUGUCUAUACCUAUAAUAAUCUUGAAGACAUGAACAGAAAACUGCAACCGGUCCUUACUUGAUAUCUUUACAUUGCUAUAAUAUCCAAUCGCGAGCUUAUGGUGCACAGUGCUAUUUAUGAAAACGGAAGAGAUUAGGAGAUAGGAACUGAAAAGCUGCUGUCUUAGCGAGAAGUCCUUGACGAAUGUAUCAUAUUUACUCGUGAAAUCCCUUGCCUUCCUCUGCAUGCUUCCAAAAAUUUACCACUGCAUUUUAUCAAUGAAAGAGCUUCAAGCAAUAUUGCAAAAAUAUGGAAUACUAUAACCCCCAUUGAAGCAUGACCAAGGGUAAAGUUUGUCUCCAAAACGUCCCUCACAAUGAACUCUCGGCCAAUGGCCAAGCUAAUCGCAGUGGAAAACCCGAAAUCCAAUACGGUUCCAAUUGUAUCAGAAUUAUCAUGGUUGACCUCAUCCGAAGGGCGUUGAUGAGCGUUGACCACGGUCCAGGCCGGCAAUGAACCCCAAAGAAGUGGAAACCACCGACCACAGCUCACAACGCACAUGACGAAGCGGACCAUCAACCAAUUUUAAGGUUAAUGACUGUGUUUACGGAAAAUAUAUGUGAACUCUGCCGAAAAAAAACGGCUAAGUAAUUUAAAUUGAUAGCAAAACGACAAUCAGAACAUGAGUAAUCGAGGCGCUGCCCAAAAGGGCCCACAAAGUUUUGUUUUGAUUUGUUCCAUUUUAGUUACCGCGUACAAAUACGUUUGAAAUGCGUUUAUAUGGGGAUUUCAAAAAAUUGCGUAUACGCCGCUUGGGUCAUGCACGAACGAGCAAACCGAGCAGCCGUUGAUGGGCGGCCGAUUAAGCUCCAUUAAAAAAGCGUUUUAUGCUUUAAAAAUUGCAAAUAUUCGGCGGCGAACUCUAUAAAAACAGUUAAUGCCGGACUUUUUCCAUUCAGUCAACGUUCGAGGAUUACACGCCACAAACACGGCCAGCACAGUCAUGUCAGCGAAACAAACGAGCAGUUGCCUCUGGUUGGGAUUGGUCCUGGUCGCGAUGCUUCUGCAGCCUUCCGAGUGCCAGUACUACGGAUAUCCCUACGGGUACGCAGGUGCCAGUGCGGCAGCGGGAUCGGGCUAUGGGAACCUCUACGGCAGCGGCAUGUACGGAUACCCCUACAGCUACGGCGGAUAUCCGUACUACUCGUACCCCGGCUACAACCCCUACUCCAUGUUCGGCGGAGGAGGUGGCUAUGGACAGUACGGGUACCCCUAUGGAGGAUAUCCCUACGGCGGCAACGCCGGCAACGGCAUGAACGUGGCCUACGCCAGCAGCAGUGGAGGAUUCGCCACAGCCAGUGCGGGCGGAAGCGGGUACUACGGAUGAGAGAUAUUCGCGUCCUAAGCUAGUUUUACUGUACAUACUGGUUAAGUCUUCCUACUAUUUAAGUG